AUGUUUAACGCUACGAGAGUAAGCUACUUGACUUCUUCGAAGAUUUCAAAAUCAGGGACUUGGUAUUCUAGCUCCACUGGUGGUGAUGGCAGUUUGUCUACUAUUUUGGUGAUCUUGCCGGAGAGCUCUUCGCCAUUAAGCACAACAACGAUAUCCGGGAGCACUUCGUUUCGAGCUCGGAAUUCAACAAAGGACUUUAUAACACCUGCGACCACAAGCAUUACUGCGAUUUCCACAUCAAGUACUUUCAUCAGUGAUACACCAAGUGCUGUGCCUAGCGAUACGCCGAGUGCUGUGCCUAGCGAUACACCGAGUGCAUUGCCAUCUGAUACAACUAGCGCUUCACCGUCAACUAGCAUGGUCAGCUCGACCAGCAGAACCGUGAAACGGGGCAAAACUGUGGUGAGCUACACCCGCAGUUAUAUCAUAACAGAGUCGUCAACAACAUUUACAACUCAACUAUCUAGAGUUUCCGUUCUUGGCACGCAAGAAGCAGCCACGUUUUCAGCCCCCACGGCAGCCGCAACCACCGACUUGGCAUUUUACAAUCGUUGGCUUAGUGGAACGUUAGACUCGGGUCAAUUUAGUGGGUCUGUCUCUAGCGGCCAUCGAAAUACAAUAAUUGCCAGCGUGGUUGGUAGUGUGGGCGGUUUUCUUUUGGCGGCCUUGAUCAUAUGGGCGAUGUUUUUCUGGCGACGGAAGCGGCGAGUAAACACUACGCGCGGUUUCAGCCAUGAAAUUGGAUGUCGUCUCGAUGAUCCAUCCGAAAUGGCAGACAAUUUGAACUCAGAACAAAACCACCAUGCCACGAAUCUGUCGUCCAACGAGGACGAAGAAUUUUUGAAGGGCAAAUACAGUUCUUUUGGUCGCAAACUACCAUUGUGGCACAAGAAUGACGAUAAAUUGAAAAAAGAUACCCUCAUGGCUCAGCCUAGAGUCCCAGAACGUUCACAAGCCAAUCCCUUUCAAGACGAAUUUGAUUUUCAAAAGCGGCUUCCAUUGCCGCCCCCCGUACCGACACAAGACCUCCCGUUGCACUCUAGUUUCUCUUACGCCAGUGCCGACACCUCUUCGGUUUCUGAUGCCGGUUCGGACUCUUCGUCGUCUAUCCAACUUUCGAGACCCAAUGCGGUUGCGAGAAGCACCCAAAGCUUUUUGAGAGAGCUUCUGUAA